UAUUGAGUAGCUACAGCCGUGGGCCAUGAGCGAACGGCUGACGCAACGGACGGUGUGCAGGGCAAAGUCGCUGCAGCGUCAACUCCUCACCGGCCUGUCGGAUGCAGAAAAGGCCAUCGUGGCCGAUGCCGCCAAAGGCCGCGCGGCCGAGGCCACAGUACGUGAGGACAAAGCCGCGAUGCUGAAGGACAAGGCAGACAGCGGCAUGGAACUGGUGAAGAACUGCGAGCGAUGUCUUCUUGAGGUGGGCGCCAUGCUACGGCAGCUGGGUCAAGGCCUUCGACAUUUGCAGCACACCAGAUAUGCGCAGUUUGCGGAUCUCAAGGUGUGUCAGCAGCGACUCCACCUCCGCUCUGAAGCCCCCGGUGAGGAGGCACGCGAUUUGGCACAGCAAGCACUGGAGGGCCAACUCCGGGGCAUAAGUGAUGCCCGGACCGAGCUGCUGAGUCUCGAAGGUGAAUGCCGAAGAGCGCUGGAGAUGAUCACAGAGUUGCGCAAUGACAUCUCCAAGGAGUCUGCCAGCCAGCGCCAUGCUGCUGAGAAGUGUCGCGCCACCGCAGCGGUGCUGAUGUCGGUGUCCGCCGAAGCACCGGAAGAAGUGGAAGUGCCUCCGGCCAAUGAAGACCUGCUGCCGAGGGCCGAUCAUCUACUGCUGGCUGCAAAGGAUUUGUUGUCGCGAAGUAGCAAAUCUAUCCAAAGCACAGAUCAGAAUUGUUCACGUUUGCGACAGAGAGCCGAGCUUCUUUUGGAGCGCAGGCUGCUGGAAACCGAAAAAGCUGCAAAACUCUUGCGGGAACAUGCCAGUGAGGUGGACUACACCAUCGCGAUUGCAGAAAGAUCUCUGGCAAAGAGUGAAAAGCGCUGCUUGGGCAAAGAAAACCUCGCAAAGGCAGCGAAGUUGGACAGCACCAGGAGCGCCCUGGAUCAGUUACUGGCAACACGGCAGGCAAUGAAAGUCCAGAUGCAGAACAAGCUUAAGAUGCAAAGCAUCGAUGGGUCUUGUCGCAAGGUGACGUCUCAAUCUGCAUCAGACCCGCUCUCGCUGUCCAUGUCGCGGCCUGCAAGUGCUGGGAGAUCAGUCCGACAGAUGCCAGAAGAAAUGGAGCAAGUCAGGAGUUUGCCGCGUCUGGAUUGUGCCGAUGGAACGGCACAAGCAGCCCAAAGGCGAACAAGACCCCAGUCCGCUACAUACAAAGCAAGAGGUCCGUGAGAGUAAUUGACAAUAAUUAACUUCCCUCAGCGAAUUCACCCAUGACUCUGAUCAUGGCCUUAUGUUUACUC